AUGGCAUCUGACUUGGCUGCUGCUCUGGAUUGGUACAGACCCGUCGCCACAGCUUACAACGAGCGCGUGGUGAAAAAACUUGUGAAGGCUGUGCGGUUGAAUUUCACGCCGCGCGAAUUGGAAGGAUACACCACCGAGGGCGCAAUAUCCAAAUGCGUCUACUUGACGGCUCUACAUGGACGCGAGUCCUCUUUCGAUCUCGGUCCUAAUCCGAGCGCAGCCGAGCUGGCUGGGCAAAUUUACUACAAACCUCCCGAGAGUCUCAUAGAUGCCUUGCCACUGUUUGGAGACCCGUUUUCUGAGCAAGAGUUGUCUGACCACAAGAAUGAGCUCAUCGACCACCUGCGACAUCAAGCCGCUAUUAGUGGCAUCUCCUCUAGCUUCGAGCUCCCUGAAGACUGGUUCGAGUUUCUACGUCUAAUACGGGAGCUUCGCGGGCCUGGAUUACCCGCAUUCAGCAAUCACUGGCAUGUUGUGCAUAUUUCAAGCCUUGGAACAUCAUACGAUGCUGGGCAUAUGCCUUACUUGAAGUCUGCGAUCGAAGAGCUAUGCUGGGACGUAAGCCUUCAGUGGUGGACAGGUGGCGAAGAACGAGAGGACUAUGUCUUCUAUGUGUACGCUCGGCCGAAAGGUUCUGAUCAGGCCUUUCGAUGGCAAGUCCUGCAGUACCGUCAAUAUGAGUGUUUCGUCUUCAAUACGCUCGCCGAGUAUGUCCACGAGACAAGCGCACGUCCUGAAACGGAAUAUGCUGACCCAUCGUUUUGGGAGACGUGCCUCCCCUUCUGUGGAGAUUUCACUGAUUAUUGGUGA